GACACGCUCGGAUCAGCUGACCGAAGUGUUGAAGAAGCGGCUCCGCGGAAUCAAACCCCCGACCUCCUCCCGGAGCCCGGACAUGCCCCCUGCCCCGACCGCUGCCCCGACCGCUGCCCCGACCGCUGCCCCGACCGCUGCCCCGACCGCUGCCCCGCGCUCCUCUCCGGCACCGACCCGAGUUUGAGGCUUGAACUGAGGCUUUUCCCGGAGCUGAGCCACGGUGUCCUGUGAGCCGCUGUGAGCCGCUGUGAGCCGCUGUGAGCCGCGGGAGCCGUGAGCCGCUGUGAGCCGCUGUGAGCCGCGGUGUCCCGGAGCCGGAGCUCCGGAUGGACCUCCAGGACGAGAGGCGCGGGCUGCUGCAGGCGGAGGCCGGACACAGAGAACCAAUUCCCGCGGACGGAGACCCGGACCCACCGCUGUCCGAACAGGACCAGUACCUCAGUAAAGUCCAGGACCGUCGUUUGUUCCUGUCGUCCUUCGCCGCGGUCCUGGGGCCUCUGAGUUUCGGCUUCGUGUUGGGUUACAGUUCUCCCGCCAUCCCGGACCUCAUGAGCAUCGAGGACCCGCGGCUCCGACUCGACGCCGACCAGGCCUCAUGGUUCGGGUCCAUAGUGACCCUGGGCGCGGCGGGCGGCGGGCUCCUCGGCGGGUGGAUGGUGCAGAGGUUCGGGAGGAAGUUGUCUCUGAUGUUGUCGUCGUUGCCGUUCGUCGGAGGCUUCACGCUCAUCGUGGCGGCUCAGGGCGUCUGGAUGUUGUACCUGGGACGAGCCCUGACCGGCCUCGCCAGCGGAGUCACCUCACUCGUGGUGCCCCUCUACAUCUCGGAGACGGCUCACGAGCGAGUCCGGGGUCUGCUCGGCUCCUGCGUGCAGCUCAUGGUCGUCAUCGGCAUCAUGGGAGUUUACCUGGCAGGUCUGGUGCUGGGCUGGCGCUGGCUCGCGGUCUGUAGUUCGAUUCCUCCCGCCCUCAUGUUGGUCUUCAUGUGUUUUAUGCCGGAGACGCCGCGCUUCCUUCUGUCCCGGGGUCAGAGGUCGGAGGCCGAGGAGGCGCUCAGGUUCCUGAGGGGCCCCGACGCCCCCGUCCACUGGGAGAGCACCCGCCUGCAGGAGAGCACCCGCCUGCAGCAGGAGCAGGGUUCUGGGUUCCGUGUGUCUGACCUGCGUGACCCCGGCGUGUUUAAGCCCCUCCUCCUCGCCGUCGGCCUCAUGGUUUUUCAGCAGAUGACGGGGAUCAACGCCAUCAUGUUCUACGCCGAGAGCAUCUUUGAACAGGCGCAUUUCCAGAACGGGGACGUGGGCUCGGUGCUGGUGGGCGUGGCUCAGGUGGCGUUCACGGCGGUGGCGGCGUUGGUGAUGGAUCGCGCCGGGAGGAGGCUCCUGCUCAUCGUCUCAGGAGUGUCCAUGGCGUUGAGCACGGCGGCGUUUGGCGUUUACUUCUACCUCCUGAACCAACCUGAGCCUCAGACGCACAUGGCCUGGCUCGCCCUGCUCAGUAUGGGAGUCUUCAUCAUAGGCUUCGCUCUGGGCUGGGGGCCCAUCCCGUGGCUGGUCAUGUCCGAGAUCCUCCCGGUCCGAGUCCGAGGCUUCGCUGGAGCCGUUUGUGUCCUCACCAACUGGGGCAUGGCCUUCGUCGUCACCAAGAGCUUCCAGGACAUGAUGAACGUCCUGACCUCGGCGGGGACCUUCUGGCUCUUCUCCUUCAUGUGCAUUUUGAACCUGCUCUUCACCACCUUCUUCCUCCCGGAGACAAAAGGAAAAACUCUGGAGCAGAUAGAAGAUCUGUUCAGAGGCUCCUCGUCUCGAGCCUGAACCUCGAACAUUGAACACAAACACAUGAAACAUCGGCCGAUUUAUCGAGCUGAUACAUCAAGUUGAUAUUUGCACUUUUGUGACUCGUGUGUUUACAGCAGAACUGAGCCGAGGAGAAGUUCAGUCCAUUUAAACGAUUUAAUCCAAAUAACCCAGUCGGCUUUUAGUUUCUUAUUGGACAAAAAGUCGAGUUUGAAAUCAUCGUGCGGGUUUAUAAAUGUCCGUUCUGUCGGUGUUUUUCUCCGUGGACAUGAUCUCAUUAAAUAUUCUUCGUACGAUCUGUGGAAACGUCUUAGUCGUCCAGAAGGUUCCACAGAAAAACAAAUGUCUCAGAUCUGAAGAAGAGUCUGGAGUCCAAACGUUUGUCCAGAGACACGAGGACAGUUUCUUUUGUUUUGUGCCAAAAAAAAAAAAAGUCUUUUUUUAUAACUGUUUAGACCAAAUGACGUGAUAUUUUUCUACAGGAAAUGUGAGUAAACAAACUAAAAGAGUUACUGAAAAACUUAAACCUUGAUUUAAACUCUGACUUUACUGUUUUAAAUCACAUUCAUAUUCACAUACAAAGGGCGCCCCCCUCUGGCCACACGUGUAACUGCUCAAAGACAAAAUUGUACUGAUUUACAUUUUUAUUGAAGAUUUUAAAUGAUUUUCAAUAUUUCUUUCUCACUGACACUUUUUUGGGGUUUUGUAUUUUUAAUUAUUGUAUUUUGAUGAUGAACACUCGUCUGUUUACUGUCGAAUGAAGGAGAAUCUGAAUAAGCUUUUUUUUUUCUGGGUCGUUUUGGUGCUUUUUGUUGAAAUUAUUUUUGUUGAAAUUUUGUGACAUGUUUGCAAUAAAAUGAAUCUGAAUAAAAUGCAGGAGUUCUAAA